AUGGGUUCCAUCGAAGACCGACCGGAGAUAGUUUUCUUCGACUUGGAAACCACCGAUAUUCCAAGUCGAAACCAACCAUAUGCCAUUUUGGAAUAUGGGUCGAUACUAGUUUGUCCCAAGAAGCUCACCGAACUUCACAGCUACCAGACACUGGUUAGACCACUUGAUCUUUCCCUCAUUUCAGCCGACUCCAUACGCGUCAAUGGUAUUACUGCUGACCACGUCGUUUCCUGCCCAACCUUCGCAGAGAUCGCCGAUAAGGUUUACGACAUCUUGAAUGGAAGAGUGUGGGCGGGUCACAAUAUAGUGAAGUUUGAUUGUGUGGUGUUAAAGGAGGCGUAUGCGCAGAUAAACCGAAAGCCUCCUGUACCCAAGGGAAUCAUUGAUACGUUGAAAUUGUUGACUGAGACGUUUGGGAGGAGAACCGAUAACAUGAAGAUGGCCACUCUAGCGAAAUAUUUUGGACUUGGACAGCAGAGUCAUCGGAGUUUAGACGACGUUCGAAUGAAUUUUGAGGUUGUCAAGCUUUGUGCAUCAGUUCUUUUCUUGUCAUACUACACGCUUAUGCAGGAAUCAAGCCAACAAGAUACUGAAAACAAUUGGGCUUCUUUGAACGCUGGUCCCAUUAACAGCUCUAAACAAAAAUCCACUCUAGAGGUAACACGCCCGAACAUAAGCCCAUUCACCUCAACUGAAACCCAUACGGUUCCUCCAAAUCCAGUUGAAUCUGUUAAUGCUCAACCCGGCCCGUUUCACACAGUCCCUAUGGUGGAAGAAUCAUCCACUACCACUCUAUCUAACGCUUUCAGCAACCACAAUGAAUUCAUAGACCCUGAUUCAGUUUCACUGGCUUCAAUAACUGUAAAUGUUGCUCCCUUUGUUAAUGGGCCCCACAGGAUACAAAUACUUCACAAAGAUAUCCCUAUGCGGAUUCGUUGCGCUGGCAUGAGAAUACCGUAUGGAUUAAGCGCAAACUUUGUUGAUCAUGCCGGAAAUCCGAUCCUAAGUCUUGUAGUCAAUGCAAGUUCUUUGAAUCUCUGUAAGAUACUUGAUGCAUGUGAUAAUAUUGCUAGAAGAUUUGCUGAUUUCGAUGGAAACUCGCAGUGGAGACCUGUGUUAACCAGGAACACUGGUUUUUACAACUCGCCCACCAUUAGAUUGCACAUACCCACUGUAGGACAAGAUAGGACCAGAUGGAUUACUGACAUUUACUACAAGAGUUCAUCAUCAAUUCCAGGCACACAACAGCUUGUUUCCAGUGUGGCGGAACUUAAAUCGUUGUUAUUCCCAGGUUCCUUGGUGGAUGCUUACUUCUCUUUAGACCCAUACAACUAUCAAAAAAAUGCUGGAAUCCGUUUAGUCGCCAAUAAGUUGAUCAUUCAUACUAGCUGAUCAUUAGCUUACACUUGAAGGAACUAUGAUC